AUGGAGUUCGCUUACAACAGUGUUGUUCAUUCUUCUACAAGAAAAUCACCAUUUACCAUUGUUUACACUUCGGUGCCUAGGCAUGUGGUUGACCUAGGCAAGCUUCCAAGAGCCCAAAAGACUAGUGUAGCUAUUGAAAAUAUGGUUGAACAAGUUGAGACUGUGAGGGAAGAAGUGAAGGAAAAGCUAGAGAGGACCAACGCCAAAUUUAAGGCCGCCACUAAUAAGCAUUGCCGUGUGAAGUUGUUCUAG